AAGCCAUUUGCAUCGCCCCCGCCCCCCUCAGCUGCACCGGCUUGGCUCUCUCCAGUGACAGAACCCCCCCAGACCGGACCAGCUGUUGCCUCCAGAGCCCGUGCAGAUACCCCGGCGGCCCGACCCGAGAUGAGGCUGCUGCCGGUCGCCGCGACGCUGUCCCUCGCCGUGGCGGUCGCUUACUACGUGUACAUCCCGCUGCCCGACGCCAUCCAGCAGCCGUGGAAGCUCAUGCUGCUGGAUGCCGGAUUCCGGGCAACGAUGCAUCUGGCCUCUCUGAAGUCGUGGCUGGGCUUCGACCACUACAUCACGUCCAUCAGGCAGUCCUCAGAGGGGUUUGACGGCAUGAUGGAGGGGCUGCUCAGUUCCGAGUCCGGCGGCGGGGUCAUGCCCGGGGUCAAAGUCAGCGACGUCACCUUCGCCGGCGUCCCGGUCCGCGUGUACGAGCCCCCGGCCGGAGGGGAGGGUCACCUGAGGAGAGGCUUGAUGUUCUUCCACGGGGGAGGCUGGGCCCUCGGCACCGCCAAGAAGGGCCCGUACGAUGCAAUCAACCGGAUGUUGUCCGAUGAGCUCAACGCUGUCGUGGUCUCUGUGGAGUAUCGUCUGUAUCCGGAGGUGCACUUCCCGGUGCCGUAUUUGGACUGCCUCGCUGCCGCCGUGCACUUCCUGUCCCCCGAGGUCCAGGCCAGGUACGCGAUCGACCCCGACCGCGUGGCCGUGGCGGGCGACAGCGCUGGAGGAAACCUGGCCGCUGCGGUCGCUCAGGAGAUUUCUACUGAUGAGACCAUGAGGGUGAAAUUCAGCGUCCAGGCGUUGAUCUACCCGGUGCUCCAGGCUCUGGACUUCAACACGCCCUCCUACUUGCAGAACCAACACAUACCCAUCCUCCACCGGCACCUCAUGGUCCGCUUCUGGCUGCAGUACCUCGGUGCUGACCUCUCCCUCCUGGACCAGUUGCUGGCCAACAACCACAGCUCCUUGCACCACUCCAACAUCACCCCGGAGCUGCGGGCGCGGCUCGACUGGACCGCCCUGCUGGCCCCAAAACACAAGCGGAGCUACAGGCCCCUGGUGGUGGAGAAGGGCUCGCGGGGGCCGGCCCAGGAGCUGCCGGGCCUGCUGGACGUGAGGGCGUCGCCGCUGUUGGCAGGGCCGGAGGUUUUGGCCAAGUGCCCCCGAGCGUACAUCCUGACGUGCGAGCACGACGUGUUGCGGGACGACGGCCUGAUGUACGCGCGGCGCCUGCAGGACGCCGGCGUCUCCGUUACCGGCGACCACUACGAGGACGGCUUCCACGGAUGCUUCAGCUUCAUCACCUGGCCGAUGGACUUCGAUGUCGGGAAGAGAGCCAUCAGGGGUUACAUCAACUGGCUGCAGAAGAACUUAUAAGUGUGUGUGUGUGUGUGUGUGUGUGUGUGUGUGUGUGUGUGUGUGUGUGUGUGUGUGUGUGUGUGUGUGUGUGUGUGUGUGUGUGUGUGUGUGUGUGUGUGUGUGUGUGUGUGUGUGUGUGUGUGUGUGUGUGUGUGUGUGUGUGUGUUUCAUUGAUAUACUGCUUUCUGAAUCAUUGACUUGCUAAGGGCUAGCUCUCUCUCACACACACCACUGGGCUUGUUAGCAUAGCCACAUUUAGCUUAAUAGCCUCACAGAGCUGCUUGCAUGGCUGAAAUGCAAUAUUAUUAUAUAUGAAUUACAUAUGAAUAAUGUAUUUCUUAGGGCGUGAUUCCUUACCUUUCUUGUGGGCUUUGUGUGUGUUCAGCCAGCUGUGGUUUACACCCGUCUUGUGCUUCCUGUACUACAAGGCGACGUCUUCCCCGACAGAAAAAUGCUCGACAAUCACUAACAAAAUGCACUAUUUACUUAAGUUUUAUCCCAUUUAUUAUCCACAUUGCGUUCCACUGCCGGGACAUUUUUAUGGACCCAAACAUGCUCUUAUUCUACUACCAAUUAAAUGUUUUGUGAUUUAAAAUGCCUGAAUGGGAAUACUUCAAUUAAUCCACAAUUAGCAGUCGCUCAUUCCCCCUAUAAUAUAUAAUAAUGAAUAUAGUAAAAUAAAUAUAAUGUGUCAGCGCUGGUUACAUCGUAUGAACCCCUCCUGCAGGACAUCUGAGGUGCAACGUUUGCUGAUCAAAUGCAUGCAUUUUAAACUGAAGGGCUUCAAAUAACUUAAUUUAACUUGUACAUUUUUUCUUUUAAACUCUUUUUUUUUUUAAACACGUACUUCCUCCGUCUCUGCUGCAUACUGUUGAGACUUUUGAACAAACAGAUGAAUAAAGAAAUGUGAAGUCAUA